AUGACCGCCGACAGCGUCGAUGUGAAGUGCCAGCCGUUCAUUCAGGCUCUCGAUGCCAAGCGCCAGGAGAAACUCGACGAGAUUGAACAAAGGGGGAAGAUAUGGGAGGGCGAACUCGACAUCCAGGUCAAGAAUGGAACAACCGUUCCGAUAUGCGGCUCGGUCGGCGACCCAGACGAGCGCAAUCUAACAGCCAAGUGCUGGGAGAAGACGACGAAGGGACGGACGCAAGGCGGCCAGAGCGACGUCGAUCCGCAAGACCCCGACGCCGUCUCCUACAUGUUCUGUCACGCCAGAGACGAGGACAAGGACCACACCUGGCGUGACGGCUUCCUCCAGUGCCUGAGAUCGGAGUGGACGUGGGGUGUCUGCGGAGAGGUAUCGCAGUUCAUGAGUGGCGGCGAGGACCUUGACAAGUCCGGCGCCGCCGCCCUUCGCCUCGGCGAGAGCCUCCUGCUUGCAGGAACGGCCCUGGCUCUGCUAGCAUAG